CAAUAAUCAUAUGAUCAACACACAGCCGUGUUCGACUUCAUGUGACAAUCGCGCAUCGCCCUAGAAUCGCAGCGCAAGUUUUCAGUGUUUUCCAGUAAAACCUCAUCGCCACCAAGAUGCGCUACGCAUUGGGCUAUAGCUUCGUGGGCACGGCCACCGCCACCAUCACCGUGCUGACGCUUUACCACGUCUUCACCGGCAAGGGCGAGCGCAUCAGCUUGGCCUGGUUCCUCACUGAAACAUCCCCUCACAUGUGGGCAGUCAUCGGCAUCGGCUUAGCCGUCUCCCUGUCCGUCGUCGGCGCUGCCCUCGGUAUCCACACCACAGGCGUGAGCAUCAUCGGCGGUGGUGUGAAAGCACCUCGCAUUAAGACCAAGAAUUUGAUCUCAGUCAUCUUCUGUGAAGCUGUGGCCAUUUACGGAUUGAUUACAGCCAUUGUACUCUCCGGAUACCUGGAAGACUUCACCUGGGACAAGGUGAAUUAUGAUGACUCCCUGAAGGGCAAGAACUGGCUGGCUGGAUAUUUGAUGUUUGGCGCUGGCGUUGCAGUGGGUUUGGUCAAUCUGUUCUGUGGUAUGGCUGUUGGCAUUGUGGGAUCAGGUGCAGCUUUGGCAGAUGCCGCCAAUUCGGCUCUAUUCGUGAAAAUCUUGAUUGUGGAGAUUUUCGGCAGUGCCAUUGGAUUGUUUGGCUUGAUUGUUGGUAUUUAUAUGGUAUCAAAAGUAACAAUGGGUGACAAGUCACAUUAAAUCAUCGAGAGUGUUGCAAAUGUUUCAUUCCUACUUACAUGCAAUGUAGUACUCAGUUGUAUGAUGCAUAUUUAUGCGGAAAUUUCAUGUACAUUUUAUUUAGUUUGUAGGUAGUCACGUAAUAUAAAACAGAAUCCUUCUUUUAAUGAUGUAUCAGAUCAAGCAUUCAACUUGUUACUCAUGUGACAUAUUAUGUUACAAACCAAUUCACAAAAAAAUGUAAAUGAAAGUAUUGUACAGAUUAUAAGUUUUAAAACACAGUAAAUGUUAAUACUGAACCAGAUAA